UGUGAUUAAUUGUAAUGUAGCCGAUAUUCUUUUCUUUAAUAUUUCAUUACUUACCAUCUUUUACUUAUUGUCUUUUCCUCUUUUAACGAGUGUUGAUUCUUUUGUUUGUUGAUUCUAUUAAUAAAUAUUUGUGUAGUUGUUAUUUUUCUUCUUGAAGAUGUUUUGCUUAAUUAAUUUGCUUAUAAUAAAUUAGGUGACUUGAUAGCAUUGUUGUGUUCUUGUGAUCUUCCGCAAAUAGAAGAGGUCAAGAGUUGUGCACAUGUCAUUGAUUUUUAGUGAUUUUCGAUGAAGGGAUACACUUUAAUAGAAGUAUACAGUUAAUUAAUUUACUAUUUGAUUGAUUAUAAUGUUAAAUUCUUGUUUUUGUAUAGCUGUGGAGUUACCCCCACCCAAUUUAAAUUUAUAUGUUAUAUUGAAUGGAUUCUUGACCUUUGUACGUUUUUCAAUUUUCAUAUGGUUUUGUUCUUUCACUUUGCCCAUCCCCUUUCAGAUGCUAGCCUUUGUGAAUUUUGUGGUUUCUAUGGGUUUCAUUUUACUCCAUGAGUUUCAAUAGGUGUGCAAGAUCUUAUAUGAUUUCUUUCUAUCAUUUAUUUUCUAAUCUUUAUUUGUUUGGUUAAUGUAAGUAACACUACAACAAAUUUCUUUCUAUCAUUUUAGUUCACGAAUUUCAAGAGGUGUGCAAGAUCUUAUAUGACACUUUUGUGAUCUUUUGAUUAUAUAAUAGGUGUAUUUGGUUAAAAAUGACUUAAGGAUACUGUUAUGUUGUAACUAUAUUUAUGAUUUGUUUAGAUAGAUAUUAUGCACUUGAAAUUGGUUGAAAAUUACUUUACGGAUUUUGCUUUUAGAUAUUAGUAGGUUUGUUUCUUCCAUUUUUAUACCAUCUUUAUUUUCUUCUAUCAUCGUAAGACACAUCCAAGAUGUAAUUGGUAGUAUAAAGUUAUGUGAUAUGUUUUGGUUUAGGAGUCUAGUAUUUAAAACUCUUGGUUAUUUCAUUUAUUUAUUUGUUAAUUUAUUUAUUUACUCAAUUUAUUUUUAAAUUAGCAUCGAGGAACCCCGAACGGAGUUUUCAGGAUUUUGUCAUUUGAGCUUUAUUUAAUGAAAUAAAAAUUUUAUUUCUUUUGUUUAAUUUUACUCGAGAAAUUUAUUGUCAUGCCUAUGCAUGCAUAUAGUAGUGUCCUAGAAGUAUAAUAGAAAGUUGGGUCGUUACAAUUGGUAUCAGAGCCUAAGUUUUUAGGUUCUGUAGACUAACUUACAUCAUAAGACCAAAAUGUCCCUUAUGGCCCAUCAACGAAUUCCUUGUCAUCGCUAGGUACGUUUGAUAAGUAAAAGACAUGCAAGUAUUUGAUCAAUUUAAUAGCACAAAUUAUGUUUUACUGCUUGGUUAAUGUCUUUAUGGAAGUUAUAAUGGAUUGGAUAUGCAACUAUGAUUUAAUGAAAAAUAGAUGGAUGUCAAAAGUCACCUGACACUAUUUUAUCUUAUGAACGGACUGUUAAGAAAGAAUAGAUAGUUCAAAGAUAUUUAAAACCUAAUGAAGCUAGGUCGUGUUAUGAUAUGACAGUGAAAAUAGUAAAGUAUUUAUCUGUCUAAGCCAUAGAAUAAAGUAGUCAAGUUGAGAAUUCACCAAGGAACAAUGUUACGUUUUGUAAUGGAGAAUGAGAUUAGUGAAACUACAAGAAACUCUAUGAAAACAAGUCACGUACAUAGGUAUGAGAUUAAAAUUUCUUUAUAGAUAAGGAAAAGAAGAAGAGACUAGUUUUAUUAGGGUUAUUGGAUAUUAAAGUCAAAUGUUUCCGAGAGGAAUUGAGAAAGGAUUAAUAGGUCAUAGUCGCUUUUGUAUUAUUGAAGAUUGGUGGAUUGGGUAAGGUAUCAUGUUUUGUUUCUUUAUGUAUCGUGCCUAAAAAGGGGAAAAAAAUUAGUACGUGUAGGUGAUAAUAUGAAGACCUCCAUAUAGGACCUUGAUAAAAUGAGUUUGGCAAGGAAGCCAAGAUGGUUGAAAAUAGCUUUGGCUUAAAAAAUAGGGGAAAAAAGUUGGAUUGAGUUAUCGUUCUUUAGGUACUUGGAUUUUUUUUAUCUUCUUGUUGUGAUGGAAGAACUAAACUAUAACAAGAGGAAUGGUAAAGCAUUUAGAUUUUUUUUUUUUUUUUUUUUUGGGAAAAAAAAGCUAAAUUGUGGAGAGUACCCUGCCAUAGUUUAAAGUUUUGAAUUAAAUUGUAGAUUUUGGAGGGGUUAUUAAUGGUCACAUGUCUUGGUAUAGAGAUUAUUUUUCACUUAAAAAGUGAAAAGUACACCUUGAAUUUAUCGGCCUUAACAAGGAUAAGUGUGAGGAAAAUAAAAGCAUCUAAGAAAGGUUUUAAUAUUUUGGGAAGAUAAAAGAAAUUAAUAUGUUCAAGAUUCCCAAGUAUUUGAGUGUGGUUUGGAUGUUAAGAUGUGGUAUAAUUGGUUACAAGGUGUAGGCUUUGGUGUAAAGGAAGAGUCCCUAAUUACCAUUUGGAACUUUGGACCUUACUAUGUGUGGUUGAAGGAAAUUGCGUAAAGUGUUGGUUGUAAAGCUCAAUUCCAACAUCAAAGUCUUUUCCAAAAUAAAAGGUUAAAGAGAUAUAAUCUAAGGUGGAGUUGUUAGUAGCAAGGAUUGUUUUGAAACUAUUGACAUGGGAUAUCGAGACUUUAUUAGUCAACAGGUACAUAAUUGAAAGUGUUAGCAAGGAGUAGGAGAUUUUGAUUUUGGGAACAAUUUAUAUAGAAACUAAUGAAGCCGUUAAUUUGAUUGAAAGGGGAAACUGAUCUAGUUUGAAGAAGAUAGAAAGUUAUAUAUGUAUUAAAGUAAGAAAGUUAGAUUUUCUAAGAUCAUCACUAGUACAAGAGGUGGACUUGAGAGUAGAGCUUGAGUUGAUAGCAAGAAAUUGUUGUAGAUGGGAUGAAGUAGCUCAAGUCCCAGAAACAUGAACUAUUCAACAAAGUUCGUGUUAUGCCCUAAUGUUGUGCCUUUGAGAACAUCAGUUUUGGUUGUCAAGAAGAAAGGUGGAUCCAUGCAACUAUGCAUCAACCAUUAAGAGUUGAGUAUGGUAGUGUCGCCAGGUUGCAGGGGACACAGGGGAAUGCCCGUGCCGUUAGGUGUGAAUCCGAAUUCCGAAUCUUGGACUUCGAGCGCCACAAGUAGUAUGUCCUUCUAAUAUGGACGACGAGUUGAUCAACUUCAGGGAGAUGGAUACGCUCGAGGUAGACUUAUGAAUCAAGAAGGUUUCCAUCUUACAAACUAUCUUCAAGGAAUAGAUAUAGUUAUUAUGGGGUUAUGGUGAUGUGUUUUAGAUGGACUGAUACUCUAUAGUAUCUAAUAACUUCAUAAACCUUAUUAUGAAAUAGAUUUCUAGACUCAUUCGUGCAGGGUCUGAAUAAUGAAAUGCGAUUGUUUUAAGACUAAAGAGUAACAUGAUGUUUGGGCUCGAGUAAGUUUUACAUCCCUUGGCAAUAGGAUGCUAAGUUUCUAAUGAUAUGAGAUUUAAUUGGACAAAGUUGUUUCUCAGGCAUAUAGCUACUAAAUGGGGCAUCAAUUGUAGAAGCAAUUUCCAGUUGUUCAGAUAUGCUCUGCUAUUUAUAUUGGGUUAUGAUGUAUAUGGACAGUUGCUCUACCACAUGUAAAGCAUUGUUGAUUUUCAACAUCUCAAAGUUUCAUAGUUAUAUAUAUGGAAGACAUUAUCACACUUCAUGAGAAAGCAUAAGGUAUUCGACUACAUUUCAGUACAACUUUUCACUCGCAUAUUGAGGUCAAACCGAGUGUGACUACAGUUCAGUACAACUUUUCAUUUGCGUAUUGAUGGUCAAACCGAGUGUUGGAACCAAACAUUAGAGGACAUGUUAUGCGCUUGUGGGAUAUACUUUUGCAGGCAGUUGAGACCCUAUUUGCAUCUUAUGGAAUUUGCUUAUAACAACAGUUACCAAAUUACUAUUGGCAUGACAUCGUUUGAAGUUCUAUAUUGGAAGAGUUAUAGGUCUCUUGUCUACUGGAUUAGAGUUAGAGAACAAAAAUUGUUGGGUCGAGGCAAUCCAGAAGAUCAGAGCACGUAUGCAAAUAGCAUAGAGUAGACAGAAAAGCUACGCCGAUGUUAGAAGCAAAGAUUUGGAGUUUGAGGAAAGGGAAGUUGACAGUGGUGCUGUCGACCCAACCUGUGAAGCUUCCACUGCCUCUGCAUCGUGUUUUGGUUGCCACCACUCGUCGGAGUUUCAGUGUGGGUUAGUUUGGCGUUUUGGAGGCAUUUGUCGUCACUGUCCAGCAGCUUCAAUGGUGGUUUUGGGCCUUUUUGGACUUGAUUCAAGAUCUUACUGGACUUACAAGAUAUAGGUUUCCUUGAACAUACUUGGGCUUAUUAUAAAGAAUGAGAUGAUAGCACAGAAGACAUGAUAGAUAUUGGACCAGAAGAUUAGUUGAACGGAGAGAUCUUCAUUUUGAGGACGCUAUAUAAAUGUUGAUUUUUCUUCUUGCUGCUUGUCUUGUUAUUCCACAAAUGGGAAGUUGAGAUAGUACUUAUGGAUAGGGAUUUACAGAGAUCAUUUUCUUCACGAGUAAAUCGUAGGGGAGAGCGAAAUAUUCAAAAUCAGCCUGCUAAAGAUGUUGAAGGAGGUUUCGUUUCAUCUGAAAAGUUGCCUUCCGAUUACCCAAUGAAGAUUGUUUGGAAGAAGGGGUUCAUUCGAUUAUUUCUUGUGGGUGGAAUUUUAUGGAUGUUGCUGAUUCUCAUUGCCUCCCUCUUUCAUGUUUGGUCUUGCCGCUCUUCUAUCACUUUUUUCUCCGCUAUUUGUAAUAAAGAAAGUAAGGUUUUCACGAUCUUAAACUCAAUGGGAUUAAUGGCAAAGGCACAACACCGUUGUUCAAUUCCGUUGAUGGAUGAAGCCGAUAGAGUAGUCAUUCCGAAAGGAAGAACUCCAGAUAAAAUUGUCAAAAGACUUGUCUACAUCACUGAAGCGGAGUACUCAUUAAAUGGAUCUCAAACAUCCCCACUGUUUGGAGGACAUCAGAACUGGACUCAAAGAGAGGAAAGCUUUAAACUAAAACCAACCAUGAAGGUGCAUUGUGGUUUUAUGCGAAAUGGUGGGGCUGAAAUGAUUCCUGCUGAUAUCAAGUAUGUCAAGAAGUGCAGGUUUGUGGUUGCCUCAGGAAUUUUCGAUGGAUAUGAUGUUCCUCGUCAGCCUUCGAAUAUAAGCGUCCGCUCUAAGGAUCUAUUCUGUUUUCUUAUGGUGGUGGAUGAGAUAUCAAUGCAAUUUAUAAGAGAAAAUGUUACUAUUGAGGAGGAUAAUGAUGGAGGAAAAUGGGUUGGUAUCUGGCGCCUUGUUUUACUGAAGUAUCCACCCUAUGAUGAGCCAAGAAGAAAUGGAAAGGUUCCAAAGAUAUUAACUCAUCGGUUAUUCCCUCAAGCACAAUAUAGUAUCUGGAUUGAUGGUAAAAUGGAGUUGAUAGUAGACCCUUUGCUCAUUUUAGAAAGAUACUUGUGGCGUGGGAAGCAUACCUUUGCCAUUGCUCAACAUAAGCAUCACCGUAGUAUCUAUGAAGAGGCCGAUUCUAAUAAGCGAAGGAAACGAUAUGCCCGUCCUCUUAUUGAUCUUCACAUGAAAAUUUACCGAUAUGAAGGAAUGGAGCCAUGGAGUCCAGAGAAGAAAACUGUCAGUGAUGUUCCAGAGGGAGCCAUCAUUAUAAGGGAGCAUACAGCAAUGAGUAAUUUGUUUAGCUGCUUGUGGUUCAAUGAAGUCCACAUGUUCACACCAAGAGACCAAUUGAGUUUUGGCUAUGUGGUAUACAGGCUAGGGGAUUCUUUCAAGUUUUUCAUGUUUCCAAAUUGCGAGUAUUACUCACUUUUUAUUUUGCACCCACAUACAAGAGAGCAUUCUUCUCUCAUAGAGUGGGUUAAAGAUUGGGAUCAACUCAAGGGGAAUAUGAGCGAUAUGAAAGAGUAUAAACAAUGGAAGAAGCGUAAUUCGUCGACUAGUUUGAUAGAGACUAAGGGAGGAUUAGGUCUGUGGACUCCUUACCCUGGAAACCUUGAUUCAGUUGUCCUUCCAACUGUAGUAAGAUCAUCAAAAGCAGGCUGAACAUUGCUUUUAAAUUGUGCAAUCCUUCCUGGAAAAGCAUCUUCCACUUCUCUGUAUUAUUUACCUGACUAUUCUCAAGGAAAGGAUGAAGAAAUUUUGUCAUGAUAGUUCCUUCCCAUAUAUUUAUAGACUUGCUACCUCUA